AUGUCUGCAUACGCAGUCCAUCGGGACAAGGAGAUCUGGGGCGAAAAUGCCCAUGAGUUUGACCCAGCCCGGUGGCUUGGUGGAGACGGAAAAUCUCUGGAUAAGUGGCUGGUUUCCUUCUCCAAGGGUGCCAGACAGUGCCUAGGAGUCAAUCUCGCGCACGCAGAGUUGACCAUUGCGCUGGCGCUCUUGACCAGUCGAUUCGACUUUACACUCGACGGCACUCUGACAAACAAGGACCAGGAGCUUUUGGAUGCCUUCGUUUAUGGCUUCGGCAAUUCUGGACCUCGCUUCGAAGUGUCUGUCUUGAAGCCGCGAGCUUCUUGA